AGCAUCGAGGAUGGGGCCCUUCCCUUCCGAUCGAAGAGUCUCUUCGUCCACGGGCUCGAAUAACGGGAAGUUCUCCAAGUGGGUCUUCAUCCACUCGUGCAAAUCUAGUACGUCCGUGAUUGUAUACACGAUGCCGCCUGGACGGAGAGCAUAGGCAUAUUCGGCAAGAAGUGUCGGCGAGAUGAUCCGAGCCUUGUGUUUGCGGGAAGUAGUUGGGGAAGAACUUCAUGGCGUUGGCUCGGACUAUCGAGACAUUUUGGUAGGGACCUGGAGACGAUGUCUCCGCGUCGGGUGUCUCUGGUUUGGUAGUCGCGCGCAAGGCUGCGAUGCGAUCUUGCACGUAUUGCGAGACCUGGACGCGGAUUUCCAUGCCUUGCCAUCAAAGAGGCGCCCGAGAGAGGUGUUAGAUCGGAUUCGGACUCACCUAACAUGAGCGUGUCGGGGAAUAAGGGGGCCAGUGCAAUAAGCAAACCGCCAAAGCCGCAGCCCACAUCUGCAAACUCCGGCGUCUUCCCUGUGCCAGCAAAGGCGGGAUAGUGGGUGCUCCAGUCGAUGGCAUCAGGCGAGGCGGGGUAAUCGAGGUUGUGAUCGGAAAAGGGGUUAGCGUGCGCGCGCUGCCUGUAGUGCCUUUUCUGGGGCAGGAGGGAUUUCACGGGGUCGGAGUCGGGUUGUCUCUUUCGUUUAGCCAUGGAUGCCGGUGGAUGAAAGAAAGUGUGUGGACGGCCGCGCUGGGAGUGGUCGCUCGGGGUCACGUGGGUGGGGGCACGUCAUGGACGACCUGUUCCGAGUUCUGCCUUUGCUCUCCCACAAAGUUUCUCCUCGACCUCCACCGUCGCCCAACUACCCCUCCUCGUCUUCGCUGGCGUCGACCACGACCACCACUAUGUUCCGUACUGCCGUCAAACAGUCGCGCGUGACGCGGUCCGCGUUUUCCUCGGCUCACUUUUCCUCGACCGCAUCGAAGAACUCUGCACUCAAGGAGAGGCUUUCCCAGCUGAUCCCUGCCGAAAUUGAGAGCGUCAAGGCAAUCCGUGCGGAACAUGGCAAGAAGUCAUUUGGGCCUGUGCUUGUGGAUCAGCUCUACGGAGGUAUGCGAGGCCUCCCGGCCCUGAUCUGGGAUGGCUCGGUCCUCGACCCAGAGGAGGGUAUCCGCUUCCGCGGUAAGACCAUCCCCGAGUGCCAGGCGGAGCUCCCCAAGGCCCCCGGUGGGUCAGAACCCCUCCCCGAAGCCCUCUUCUGGCUUCUCGUUACGGGAGAGGUUCCCACUGCCGAGCAGGUCAAGGAGCUCUCCAAGGACUGGGCGGCGCGUGCGGCCAUCCCGUCCUUCGUCGAGGAGCUCAUCGACAGAUGCCCUCCCACUCUUCACCCGAUGAGCCAAUUCAGUUUGGCUGUCACGGCCUUGAACCACGACUCCGCCUUUGCUAAGGCGUAUGCCAAUGGUAUCUCCAAAAAGGAGUACUGGGGACCCGUCUUCGAGGACUGCAUGGACUUGAUUGCCAAGCUGCCCACGAUUGCUGGCCGUAUUUACCAGAACGUCUACGGACAGGGCAAGCUUCCUGCCAUUGAUCCUAGCAAGGACUAUGCUCACAACUUGUCGACCCUCCUUGGCUUCGGCGACAACCACGCCUUCGUCGAACUGAUGAGGCUGUACAUCGUCAUCCACAGUGACCACGAGGGUGGUAACGUCUCGGCUCACACCGGCAAGCUUGUGGGCUCCGCACUGUCAGACCCCUUCCUCUCCUUCGCCGCUGCCCUCAAUGGUCUUGCUGGCCCCCUUCACGGUCUUGCUAACCAGGAAGUCUUGGUCUGGCUGACCAAGAUGCAACAGAAGAUUGGCAAGGACGCCAGUGAUGAGGCCGUCAAGCAAUAUGUAUGGGACACGCUCAAAUCUGGCCAGGUUGUUCCUGGUUACGGCCACGCCGUCCUCAGGAAGACCGACCCGAGGUACACGGCUCAGCGGGAGUUUGCUCUGAAGCAUCUCCCUGACGACCCGAUGUUCAAGCUUGUUGGACAGAUCUACAACAUCGUCCCUGGUGUCUUGUUGGAGGCUGGCAAGGCCAAGAACCCCUGGCCUAAUGUUGAUGCUCACUCCGGUGUGCUCUUGACCUACUAUGGUCUGAACCAGAUGCAGUUCUACACUGUCCUCUUCGGCAUCUCGCGUGCGUUUGGUGUUGCUGCUCAGCUCAUCUGGGACCGUGCUCUCGGUGCUCCCCUGGAGCGUCCCAAGUCGUACUCGAGCGCUGCUAUCAAGAAGAUCUUCGCUGACAAAAACUAAGGUGGUCGAUCCUUCGACUGGGGAGGGAUUGAGAUUUCUUUUGUGCUAUCUGAAUAGCUUUCUAGUUCAUACUUGAGUAACACAUUAAUGGAUAUAUUCUUGAUGCAAGUCAGUACGUGUACACAUGUUUGCUAUGGAAUUAUUGCUGUCACUGCAACAACUUGGAACGUACCUUGUUUACUAGUGGCA